GAGACUGGGAGUCCUAGUCUAGAGCCUGGUGGAGCCCGGCUGCCGACGUGGGAGCCUUCUCCGCACGGUGGUGGGAUCUACAUCUUCCCGGAAUCGCCAAGCCCCAGAAGCCGGGUUUCUUUCAAUUAGGGCUGCUGUUUUCUGUUUCUCCCUGAGCUACAUAAAGCUAGAAGAUUUUUAUCUAGCUCAAACAAGGCUGCUAGUAUUCCCUCUUUUUUUUUUUUUUUUUUUUCUGCGAGGGUGUUUUUGGCUGCAAUUGCAUGAAAUCCCAAUGGUGUAGACCAGUGGCGAUGGAUCUAGGAGUUUACCAACUGAGACAUUUUUCAAUUUCUUUCUUGUCAUCCUUGCUCGGGACUGAAAACGCCUCUGUGAGACUUGACAAUAGCUCUUCUGGUGCAAGUGUGGUAGCUAUUGACAACAAAAUCGAGCAAGCUAUGGAUCUGGUGAAAAGCCAUUUGAUGUAUGCGGUUAGAGAGGAAGUGGAGGUCCUCAAAGAGCAAAUCAAAGAACUAAUAGAGAAAAAUUCCCAGCUGGAGCAGGAAAACAAUCUGCUGAAGACACUGGCCAGUCCCGAGCAGCUUGCCCAGUUCCAGGCUCAGCUGCAGACUGGCUCCCCCGCUGCCAACACACAGCCACAGGGGACCACACAGCCCCCAGCGCAGGCAGCGUCCCAGGGCUCAGGACCAACCGCGUAGCCUCCUGUGCCGCCGCGGAACUGGCUGCUGCUGUCUGAACUGAACCGACCGGAGAAGAUGGACUGGGGGGCGUCCGCGUCCACCGUCACCCAUUUCAUUGCUCGCUGCAAAAGAGACGUGAGACUGACAUAUGCCAUUAUCUCUUUUUUCCAGUAUUAAACACUCAUACGCUUUCGGUUUGAAGAAAUUUCUUAAGUUGGGUGAAUUAAAGGUUAAUGAGAGAAUUAGCAUGGAUAUACUGGGACCUCAUGCAGCUUGGCAGAUCCGUGAGAAAUGGUUUCAUUCAUGCUGAGGAGCUGUGUGCCUUUCCAUCCCUCCCCCUGCUCCCCACCCCCCACUGCCAAGAGUUCUUCCUGCUUGCACGUGGUGUACUCCACGGGGUUCGGAAGCAGUGGGGCACCACUGGACUUUCCUCUCUCUCCUCCCCCCGCCCAGGAACUGGACGGGGAGGUGAAAGUCAAGAGUGAAGCUUAGUCUCACCUCAGAUGAGGAGAAACAUAGUUCACUGUACAAAUGACGACUGUCACCAACAUUCAUAAAAACCAAUAGUACUGUGCCUCUUACCAAAACAGUGGAUGACACAAAACUAUUAGCGUGACUGAACGGUGACAGGUAGCUGGGAUCUAGGCUAUCUUACCCUGGAGGUUGUUUUGCUUAUUGUAUAUUUGUGUAUGUAGUGUAACUUUUGUACAAUAGAGGACUGUAACGACUAUUUAGGGUGUACAGAUUGCAAUUUAGAUGUUUCACUGGCUGGCUGAAGAGGUGUGGGUUGUCUUUUAUAUAGAGAUCUACGUGAAAAAUAAUACAUGAAGAAAAACACACCUACCUAAAGAGAUUUUAAGAAUUUGGCACAGUUGGUCACCUUGUGUAAUCUGAAAUCUUCUAGCUGCUGAAUAUCUUGAAGUCAGUCCCUGUUCACCGAAGUCUUUUGAUUGAGCUGGUUGAAUACUUUGAAAUAUGAUCAGUUCUAGCUAAUGAAACGGAUUUCCCAGUAGGGGUUUCUGCAUAUUACCUGUAUAGUAGUUAUCUGCCUAUGUUUCUGUGCAUGUUCUCUACACAGUUGUAAGGUGUCACUGUAUUUAACUGUUGCACUUGUCAACUUUCAAUAAAGCAUAUAAAAUGUUCAUAAA